AAUGAUGCCUUUGAAAUCGCAAACUGCUACAUGCCUCCGGAUGGUUAUUCAGGUGUGACUAGACUUGAAGAUACUGAUUUCAAUGGUACUUUGGCUGUCAUCAUCAACAACAAACGUUUCCAAAACAAAAUGGCGGCUCAGCUUAAUCAGUCGAACAAUGUCUGCAUUCAGGCACGGGAGGUAGGUCGUUUAAUACGGCAUUCGCCGGAUUUAAACCUCACCGACUCAGAGCUGAUGCAAUACAUUGACAUCUUUAUGGACCUUUUGUCCGAUUUAAAAUACCUGGUAGCUGAUCGAAAAGCACAGGAGGCAGUGGAUAAACUAAAUCAGUUAAAAUUAAACACGCUUACUAUAACUACAGCCGACAUUACAACGGUUUUAAAUAGUGCAAUCAAAGAAAAGCAACAAGACGCAUUGGAAGCCAUCAAAGAGGAUACUAAGGAAGCCAUAGAAUGCAUUCAAGAAAAGGCAAAAGCAUCUAUUCAACACUUGAUGAAUGUUAAAGACUCAAUAACAAAUGUAAAAACAUUUACUUGCGCAAGUUUGAAUAGGAUCACCGCAUCAAAACGAUCGUCUAUUAGCGAAAUCAAGUGUGAAGCGAAAAAGCAGAAACAAGAAAUAGAAAAAACAGGUGCAAAAGAAAGGGAGAAAUUAAAACAAGUUGCAGGCGAACUACCACAACGUGAGAUAAAGAUCCAGGCAACACAUACUACAAGCAGACGAGAAGAACUCGAGGAGAAUAUGAGGGAAGACCUGAUCAAGUUCUACAGAAAAUAUUACUCUAAUAUUCCGGUUUCCCCUCUCGUAGAAGAACACGAUGUUCCACUGACAGACUUUUAUGUUCAUCCACCACUUACUUCCAUUGACAUGCAAAGGAAGUUCGGUCAGUGUCAGGAUUUUCCUAAAAAGGCUUCAAUACAUUCAUACCGUGACGUGUUUCUCCGUGGAGAUGGUGAAUUGUACAAAGACAUUUACAUCACAGCAAAUGCCGGAGUUGGAAAAACAUCUUUUGCAAAAAAAAUCUGCAUGACAUGGUGCCAAGCCCAUAGACCCACUGAAAUGGUAGAGCAGACAUUCAAGUCAGAAGAUAUAAAUUCCAUGAAAACCUUUGAAUUCUUAUUCAUGGUUUCAUUACGAGAUGUAGAUACCUCUAUAUGCGAUCUAGAUAACAUGAUUGAAAGCAGCAUUCUUCACUAUCUAGCAAGAUUUUCUCGGUUUUCUAGACUUGACUUAGAGGAUAUUUUAAAUGAGAGGGCAUGUUUAGUUCUUCUAGACGGUCUAGACGAAUGGGCCCAUCCUACAAGCUGUGUCAGAGGUCGUCGUGAUGUUCAUGCAACACCCCACAUACCUGCAAGAGAACGAUGCACAGUCCUGACGACAACACGUCCUUGGAAACUUGACGUUAUAAAAUUGGGUACAAGUCAAAUUGACAGACAUAUAGAAAUUAAUGAGCUGGACGAAACAUCAACGAAAGAACUUACAAGUAAUGCUAUCACAGUAUUAAACAGACAAAGCUUACCAGACCAGCCAAAGACCGUUGAAGAUUUCGAAAGUGCAACGUCGACUCUGAAGCUCGAUAACUUGCGAUAUAUUCCCUACAUCUUGUUGCAAAUGAUUUGUCUGUGGUUUGACGGAAAGUCAAUAGGAAGAACAAAGUGCGAAAUAUAUACUAAUAUAAUAACACUAACACUAUCUCGGGGCUUACUGAAGAUAGAUAAUAAAGGUUUGCCACCAAUGAGAGGACAAAACUUAGAAACCACUUAUGAAAUCCCCCAUUGCCUUAAGUCGAAUAACAUUUGUAAAUCGCAUUACGAGGUGUUAAUUGGUCUUGCGUUACUGGCGUUUAAAAAACUAUUUAGUCCGAAAGCAGAAAGUAAUCUUGUAUUUGAUAGGUCUGAAGUGCUUCAAGUUAUAUAGGAGGA